AUGCGGCCAUCCGCCUGCCUGAAAGGCAGGCGGUCACAGCCACGGGGCCCAGCCCCAUCCCUCCCUUCUGCCGCAGGUCCCCUGGUGCGCCUGCUGGAUGCGGAGAGCUCCCACAGGUUCGGCAUCCUGGCGGCCAAGCUGGGCCUGUUCCCCCGAGAGACGCGGCCCGACCCGCCCUCGCUCCGCACCACAGUCUGGGGCCGCCAGUUCCCCAACCCGCUAGGCGUGGCGGCCGGGUUUGACAAGGACGCGGAGGUGGUGGAGGCAAUGCUGGGGCUGGGGUUUGGCUUUGUGGAGAUUGGCAGCGUGACGCCGCUGCCGCAGCCGGGCAACCCCAAGCCGCGCGCCUUCCGCAUCACCGAGCAUGGCGCCGUCAUCAACCGCUACGGAUUCAAUAGCGAGGGGCUGGAUGCAGUGAUGUUGCGGUUGCUGGGCCUGCGCGCAAACCAGAAGACGGCCGGCGGCAGGUUCCCUGCGGGGCUGGUUGGAGUCAACCUGGGCAAGAACAAGACGAGCGAGGAUGCGGCGGCAGACUACCGCGUGGGUGUGACCAAGCUGGGCCCUUUUGCCGACUAUCUAGUGAUUAACAUCUCCUCUCCCAACACGCCAGGCACGUGCAGGCAGCCAGGAACCAUGCUGCUGAUACUGCUGCUGAUACCUGCAUGCACACGGGACAGCAUGCGGUGGCCUGCUUCCGACAGCAUGAGUUGGAUGGAGGCGGGCCCGCCGCCGCUGCUGGUCAAGAUAGCUCCAGACCUCACAGAGGCCGACAUGGCAGACAUAGCGGCGGUGGCGCUGCAGCAGGGCGUGGACGGCCUGAUAGUCAGCAACACCACCAUCACGCGGCCGGGGCCCAUUGGGGAGCACGCCACCGGCAAGGAGGCGGGUGGCCUGAGCGGGCGGCCGCUGUUUGAUAUGUCCACCCGCGUGCUGCGAGACAUGUAUACCCUGACCGGCGGCAAGCUGCCCAUCAUCGGUGUGGGCGGCGUGAGCAGCGGCGAGGAUGCCUACGCCAAGAUCAGGGCAGGCGCCUCGCUGGUGGAGCUCUACUCGGCCUUUGCCUUCGAGGGCCCCAAGCUGGUGCCCCGCGUGAAGCGGGAGCUGGCGGCGCUGUUGGAGCGGGACGGCUAUGCCAGCGUGGCAGAGGCGGUGGGCGCCGACCACACGCAGCAGCAGGGCGCCGCUGGACGCGGUGGCAGCAGCAAGCCGGCGGCGGCGGCCAAAGCGUGA